AUGCCUCGCAACGGAGAUGGUUCAUCACACAACGGCCCCUUUGAGGAGGCCGGCCACAAUAUCGCCCAUGGUGUCGGUGAUGCCAAGACUGACAAGGUGCCCCGCGCCGACAAGACCGCGCCGCUGCCCGAGGGCCUGCAUGAAAAGGGCGCUGGACUCCAAGACGUCAACGCUAGCGGAGGUCAAAGCCAGGGAAUCAAAAAGGGUGACAAUGUCGGCCAGGGCAAUUAA